UCGGCUCACGCGAAGUGGCAUAAACAAAUAAGUGUUUUUACCUUGCUGCUCUGCUGGUACUUCCCUUAUCUGCUUGAUUCUCGCUAGAAGCUAGAAUCGGUGCUGUGAGAGAUUUAUUGCUGAAAGGGAUCCUGCAAUUGGUCCCUAUUUUGCGUCAGGCAAAAUAAGAUCAAUCAGGCCACGUUUAGGUAUAUGGAAUUAAUUGAUGUGUCUGAUUUUUCUUGGAAUGGAUGUCAGAAUGUGAAUGCCCUUCAGUCUAUGAAUAUCUGUGGGGAUGAUAGCUUCAUUCUGGUUGAUAAAGAUGCAUUGGAUACCCAGGUCAAGGAUAGGAAAAUUCAAGAAGCAGCUGAAAAAGCACGAAAUGAAGAACUUGCUAAUGAAAUGAAGCAAAAUGACAAGAUCAUGUGUAUGUUAGAAGAACGACAGAAAAAUGAUAUCAGAAACGUAAAUAAGGCUAUCAGUGAAUUUCAGAAGAAUUUUCAGAAGCCAGAAACAAGACGUGAAUUUGACCUGUCUGAUCCGCAAGCCCUAAAGAAGGAUAGACCUGCUCGACUUUCAGACAAUGAUCCUCGAUGUACUAUAUCUGGCUUGCAAAAGUUUAUGGGUGAAGACUUAAACUAUCAUCAGAGGAUGAAAUUUCAAAAGGAGCAGUUAAGAGAGUGGUCUCUUCAGCAACAGAGAGACUGGAAGAAUGCAUUAGCUGAUCAAAAAUUUGCAGAUGAUCUUUAUGACAAGAAUAGGAUUGAACUUGACCAAAAGACUAUGGAGCAACAACAAAAAGAAGAAGAAAGCAGGCGUGCUGUUUGUGCAGCUACUAAAGAUUUCAAUAGAACCCAGGCUGCUGAACUAGUUGAGAGAAAGAGGUUGGAAAAGUGUCAAAAAACAAAAGAGGACAUGGAUGAAAUUUCCAGCCUCCUUCAGGGAGACUUACUUUCGGAAAACCCUGAACAAGCAGUCAGUUCCUUUGGUAGACAUCGUGUGAUCACAGAUCGAUGGAAGGGAAUGAAUCGGGAUCAGCUGAUGGCAAUCCGUUACUCUCAACAGCAACAAGUUCUGGAGAAGCUGAGACUAAAAGAGGAAGAACGCCAAAGAGAUGCUGAAUGGGACAGACAAAGUAUACAGGCUGCAAGAGCUCACUUGGUUUUAGAACGGCAUCAACAACGACAGAAUCGGGAACGCCGCCAAGCUUUAGAUAACAUAAAUGCAGAGUUAUCUCAGGAGCAGAAAUCAAAGAACAUUUAUCUUAAAGAAGAAGCAUAUUCAAAUUUUCCAACAGGCCAGUAUUAUGCACAGUUUAAUACAACCAGCCGAUGACAUUCUGGACAAAUCAACCUGAAAUAUACAGAAGUAUAGAGACAUAUUAAAAUUUUUAAUUGAGCAAUCCCAUGUUUUUAUCUGUUCCCUACUCUGUUCAACCAGUGCAUUCAAUCUAAAGGACAGCCUGCUAGGCCACAUCCGUUCUAAGAAGAGGAAAACUGUAAUAAUUUUUAAACUUGAUUGUUUUUCUAAAAAGUACUAGUAGAUUCAGUAGUAGGUUGUUUGACUAUAGUGUCUCAGGCUUAACUGUAAUAUUUACAUGAUCCAUGCCUUUAGAAAUCAAUUUCUGGAAAGGAAUCACAAUUUAAAAUAUAAAGCUACUUUAUGCAACUUGGUCAGAGGGGAAUGCUGCCUGACAUAGGUCACAAGUGACGCACUCUUAGCAGAUUCUGUGGGAGGGAAGAAAGAUGACCUAGGCAGAAAGUUUUGGUUUUGUUUGUUUGUGGUUUGGUUUUGUUUGGGUUUUUUUGUUUGUGUUUUUGUUGGUUUUUUUUUUUUAAAAAGCAAAAAAAGCAGCCAGACAAAAGCAAGCAAAGAGGAAGAAAUGGACAAGUUGGUCAGAAAUAUUGCUUUUAUUUCCUGAAUAGUGGGAAUAAGAAGAGAAGAUUUCAAUAUUUACCAAGGUAGUUAGAGCAUUGAGGCAUGACACAGAAAUGGAAUGUGUGUGGGGAAAAGUACGCCUACAUACACCAUCACUCAUUGGAAAUAAUAAUGGAGAAAAUUUAAAGGCAGUGUGCCUCUAAAAGAGAGUGUAGGGAGAGUUUACAGAUGUGGUGGAAGAGGGGAGGAAAAAGCAGGCAUGCACCAAACAAAAUCAAGGAGAAAAAUCUCAGCUUGUGCAGGGUAAUACAGGGAAACAGUUUGCUUCCUGUCUUUAUGGUUACAGCAUUGACUUAGCAAUGGAAGAGCCAAUCAAUGAUAUUU